AUGAGGAAUUGUUGCGGGGUGUGGGCUUUAACAAUUCGAGGGGCUCAGUCCACCUUGGCCCGCAUUGUGGUGUCCUCCUUCGCCGAGAAGUUGGUCUUUAAUGCGUCGAUUUGAAUUUGCAAAGGUUGCCUCUCCUAGUCCUAGCGCUUCAGCUUCAAAGGAAAGUGGGUUUUGCCUUUGCUUCUCAACCAUGGAAGGAAACAAGAAGCAGAAACAAAAGAAGACUGAUAAUGGUAAAGUAGUUGUUGAAAGGCCACGACGUUCAGUCAGGCUACAAGCAAAGACACCAACACAGAAACAAAAAGCAAAGGAAGAAGAAGAAGAUAUAGAAGAUAUUGUUAAGUGGGGUUUCAGCGGAGACGAAACACAGAAGAUUAGAGAAUCUUUGUUGGAGUGGUAUGACCAGAACAAGAGGGACCUCCCAUGGCGGUAUACAAAUACAGCAGAAUCAGAAGAAGAAGAGACAAAAAGGGCUUAUGGGGUUUGGGUUUCGGAAGUAAUGCUUCAGCAAACAAGAGUUCAGACUGUCAUUCAAUACUACAACCGUUGGAUGGAGAAAUGGCCCACCCUUCAACACCUAUCUCUAGCUUCUCUUGAGGAGGUCAAUGAAAUGUGGGCUGGUUUGGGAUACUACCGCCGAGCACGUUUUUUGCUUGAGGGAGCUAGGAUGAUUGUUGCAAAAGGAAGUGGAUUUCCUAAAACAGUUUCUGCACUGAAAAAGAUUCAAGGAAUUGGAGACUAUACUGCUGGAGCUAUUGCUUCAAUAGCAUUUAAGGAGGUGGUACCUGUGGUUGAUGGGAAUGUGAUACGGGUGAUUGCUAGACUAAGGGCUAUUUCUGCAAAUCCAAAAGACUCCGUUACUGUCAAGAAAUUAUGGAAACUAGCAGCUCAGCUAGUUGAUCCCACCCGACCUGGAGACUUCAAUCAGGCUCUCAUGGAGCUUGGUGCGACUGUAUGCACUUCACUGAACCCAAGCUGCUCUUCAUGUCCUGCAUCUGGACACUGUCGUGCACUCUCAAUCUUUAGAAAUGAUAGCUUGGUAUUGGUUACAGAUUUCCCACUUAAGGGGGUAAGGGUCAAACAGAGACAAGAUUUUUCUGCUGUAUGUGUUGUGGAGUUACUGGGAGGUCAGAGAACAUCAGAAGGAAGCCAAAUUGACAGUAGAGAGGUACUGGGAGGUCUGGAAAAAUUAGAGGGAAGACAAACUAACAAUAGAUUUCUUCUUGUAAAAAGGCCUGAUGAUGGUUUGCUUGCUGGCCUCUGGGAAUUCCCGUCUGUCUUGCUGGAUGGAGAAGCUGAUUUGGCCACUAGGAGAGAAGUAAUUGAUCACUUUUUGAAAAACAAUUUCGGACUUGAUACCAAACAGACCUGCGACAUAGCUUUCAGGAAAAAUGUUGGAGAGUUUGUCCAUAUUUUCUCUCACAUUCGUCUAAAAAUAUAUGUGGAACUGUUGGUAUUACAUCUAAAAGGUGGGGGGAAUCACUUGUCUGGGAUACAAGACAAAGAAACUAUGACUUGGAAGUAUGUGGAUGGCGAGGCCCUUUCGAGCAUGGGAUUGACAUCUUCUGUGAGAAAGGUAUACACUAUGGUUCAGAAACUUAAGCAGGAAAAGUUGUCCUUUAGUUUUACCCCAUCAAAAAAGAGAAGUAGAACAACUCGGAAAAAAUAAUAAAUCCCUGAACUGAGCCUUUGCAUUAACUCAAGAAAAACUUUUAAGAUUGUUGUUUUUGCAUUUAUCUUCCAAAAAUGUGCGCAUUGGCCAUGCAACGCUGCAGAUUCUGUGACAGCUGGUCCUUCUAGCUUUUGUAUUUCCUCUUUAUAUUUUUUCAUUUCAAAACAGGAUAUGCAGGUUGAGGAAUGAAGUUACUAUUCCUUUAUCA